CUCCGACUCCCGUUGUUCAUUAACCUAUAGUACGUAAGUGUUGAUAGCGGUAAUGUUAGCAAAGUUACCGCUAUCAAGAGAUUUCAAACGUCAUGUAGCUGUUUGUUCGGUAGUAUUUUGUGUGUGCGACAAUUACAACUAGUAAGGGACUUUCAACAACUAAGAAAAGGUUUUAAGUCAUCGCUUAGGAAGUGACACACGUGAAUAGUCAUAUUUAUUAGUCACUAAUUUGGGUGCUAGCGCUAAUGUUAGCUACGUUAGCUCUGUCAGUCAGCCCUUUCCUUCAAACGCGCAGAAUUACAUGUUAGGGAUGACACCGUUAUAUUGAAUUAAUUGUUCUUAUUUAGAGUAGUUUGACGAUGAAGUGGGAUUGAUGAGCUAUGGGAUUACAUUGAACAUUUUGGACAGCUUGCUAGCACCAGUAAGCAAUGUAUUGACAUGUCAGACCGCACAUGUGACACUAGGAGUCCCCAAAUUUUCCAGACUAUUCGCGCACAGAGUCAUGCUUGUUUUUUUUUUUCCUCAGCAUUUGUAAUUGACAAUAACCCUACUGAGCCGUCAGCCAGUCCGGCCAAGGAUAACUACAGGAUGAACCGCUACAAGAACAAAGCCUUGAACCCAGAAGAGAUGAGGCGCAGAAGAGAGGAGGAGGGCAUCCAACUCAGGAAACAGAAACGAGAACAACAGCUUUUCAAGAGGAGGAACGUGGAUGUUCUCAAUGAAGAGGAAGCCAUGUUCGAGAGUCCACUGGUGGACUCCCACCUCAGCUCUCCAGUAACAGAAGGAGUCAUUACCAGAGACAUGGUUGAGAUGCUUUUCUCAGAGGACCCAGAGCUUCAGCUCACCACAACACAAAAGUUCAGAAAACUACUUUCCAAAGAGCCUAACCCACCAAUUGAUGAAGUUAUAAACACGCCUGGAGUAGUGGAGAGGUUUGUGGAGUUCCUGAAGAAAAGUGUCAACUGCACACUACAGUUUGAAGCCGCUUGGGCUCUGACCAACAUAGCAUCAGGCACAUCCAUGCAGACAAAGACAGUGAUUGAGGCUGGAGCAGUGCCAAUCUUCAUAGAAUUACUUAACUCGGACUUUGAGGAUGUCCAAGAACAGGCGGUGUGGGCCUUGGGAAACAUUGCGGGGGAUAGUGCAGUGUGCAGGGACUAUGUGCUGAACUGCAACAUCCUUCCACCACUAUUAAUGCUUCUGACCAAAUCCACUAGAUUGACCAUGACUAGGAAUGCAGUGUGGGCUCUGUCUAAUCUCUGUAGAGGAAAAAACCCUCCACCUGCUUUUGAAAAGGUGUCACCAUGUCUGCCAGUACUGUCCAGGCUUUUAUUUAGCAGUGACCCAGACUUGCUGGCAGACGCCUGCUGGGCCCUGUCCUACCUCUCAGAUGGCCCCAAUGACAAGAUCCAGGCUGUCAUCGACUCUGGCGUCUGUAGGCGCCUCGUAGAACUACUCAUGCACACAGACUAUAAGGUUGCCUCCCCUGCCUUGAGAGCUGUAGGAAACAUUGUCACUGGAGAUGAUAUCCAGACGCAGGUGGUGUUGAACUGCUCGGCCCUGCCCUGUCUGCUGCACCUUCUCAGCAGCGCUAAAGAGUCUAUUCGCAAAGAGGCGUGCUGGACCAUCUCAAACAUCACAGCAGGAAACCGAGCACAGAUACAGACCGUCAUCGAUGCCAACAUCUUCCCAGUGCUGAUCGACAUUCUGCAGAAAGCUGAGUUCAGGACCAGGAAAGAGGCAGCCUGGGCCAUCACCAACGCCACCUCUGGAGGAACACCAGAACAGAUCAGGUAUCUGGUCAACCUGGGUUGCAUUAAGCCCCUGUGCGAUCUGCUGACGGUGAUGGACUCUAAGAUUGUUCAGGUGGCUCUCAAUGGGCUGGAAAACAUCCUGAGGCUGGGCGAGCAGGAGGCCAAGCAGGAGAACAACGGCACUGGAGUCAACCCUUACUGCAGCCUCAUCGAAGAAGCUUAUGGUCUUGACAAGAUAGAGUUCCUCCAGAGUCACGAUAACCAGGAGAUCUACCAGAAGGCCUUCGACCUAAUCGAGCACUACUUCGGGGUGGAGGACGAGGAUAGCAGUCUAGCCCCUCAGGUGGACCAGGCCAACCAGCAGUUCCUUUUCCCCCAGCAGGAGGCCCCCAUGGAGGGCUUCCAGCUAUAAGGCUGCAUCCCCUCUCCUCUAAAAUACACCCAUUUACCCUCUCCAUACCUGUCCAUCUCAUGGAGGGCCCCUAGAUGCCCGUGUCAUACCUCCACACCCUCUUCCCUAUUACUCAUCCGCCACUGUCCCGCCCCUCCCCCCUCUACCACCACCACAACAAACACCCUCCCCCCUAUCCCCCCACAACCCCACCCUUUGGAGGAAAACUAAAACUGCUAAAACUGUGUCCCGCUCUCCAGCAUAAAACGCCCCUGUUCUCCUCAACCAGUGGACUGACUUCUUUGCAGGGCAGACUCAUGUGUCAGCUGGCGAAAAAAAAAAAAAAAAAGAGGAGCAGCGCACAAGUCCAUCACACUUAGAAGAGGAAGUAAUCACCUCAUAGCCCAAAGUGAGAGUCUGCCCUGGCUUUAAACGCACACACAGACAUCUUCCUGCCAUUUGCGAGUUCUAAGGUUCCCUCAUUGGCAGAAACGAUGGUUUGUUGGUUAACAUAUUUAUAUACACUUUCAUUUCUUUUCCAAUGGGACAUUCCUACUUUCAGGAUUACCCAUGCAUCCCCAUGCAAAGCCCACAAACUGGGGUGCAUGAGGUGAAAUAUGCCCAACUCUUGAUGUCAGUCUGACUUAGUGCAAUUUAACAAAAUUACUUGUAACAUUUUCCCUUUUUUUUAGUUACUUUCCCCAAAACCCUUAUUUAUCUGCUCCCUUUUUUAGUGCUUGUGAUUAUUAUUAUUUUUUUCUUUUUCUUCUAUGGAAAGCACUUAGUUUGCUGCCAAGAGGCUCCCUGAUCAUCUGGCUUAGGGCUGGUCUCUGCAUAUCUGCUGAAAAAAAAAAGUAGCCUCUGUACAGGGGGUUCAGAGGCGACACUAUCCACUGGUGGAGUUUCUGUCAGACACACAAAUGUCCACUCGCUGUCAAGGGCUUUCUGCUGCCCCGAGUCUGAUGCCCAAGCUAAGAAGUGUGAUUUCUUUUUCGACUUUUUUUUUUUUUUUUUUUUUAAGUGGGACAAAUUUGGGGGAUUAGGGUUUGAGGUGGGAAGAAGUGUAAAAAUUGAGCAAACAGAAUAAUCUACAUUUAGGAAGGGCUCCGAAAUGGGAUAUUGGAAAAGGGAUUGGGUUAUUAGAGGAUAUAAUAAAAGAUCUAAAAAAAAAAAAUUUAAAAAAAAGAAAAAUUCCAGGUUUUUGAGGGUGGUAUAGUUAGAGAUCCAAUGUUCGUCGUGUGCUGUGUUAUUAAUAACAAUACAUUUGAAUUAUGAAGUGAUCUAACUAUUAAACAAGGCAUAGCUGGGGAUAGAGGGGAGGAAAAGAGCCGACAGCAGCAGCAGCAGCAAACCAAACUCAUUUUUUUAUAUGAAACUGAAUUAUAGGGAUUACAGAUGUUUAAAGUGGGGCGAAACGGCACUUCUGGUACAGACAUGGCGAGGAAAUUACAUAAGACACAAUGUUUCUAGUUAUAAUUUCCUGAUACCAUUGACGCCCUGUGUAAACAGGUUGCUGCUGUUCAGCGAGGCCCUCUGCUCCCUCUUCUUCCCCAGUUAUAUGUGGUAGGGUUUUUGCAUGGUGUUAUAUUACCCUGCCUACUGUCACUGAAUAUCCCUGGCCAAACAGACAGUUGGCACAGAGAGAUAGAGAACAGUGUUGAAGACACACUGUGAGACGUCGCUGUACGGGCUAGAAAUUGGGCCAUAGCGUAUUGGUUUGGUGGUGUUAACAGUGAUAGUGUAGUGACGGUGGUGGUGUUUUGUAUAGUGGUAGAGUUGAUAGAAUUUAUGGCAUUCAAUAUCACAAUAGAUUUGAGAAAUGGGAAUGACAACCGGUAUGAUUUUUUGCAUGGUUCCAUUGUGAUAUAUAGGUAUUAAUGUAUAUAGCCGAUCCUCUGCCUGACUAGGAAAGUCUACGCCGCUUCUUUCUCCCCUCAUGGGUCUAACAACAUCCAGAGUUUGGCUAGGGAUAUAACUCAUACAAGUGACAAGCCUAACUGCAACAGAAAUUCAAGUAUAUAGAUACUUGAAUUUUAUAUAUCUGCAUUUAUAUAUACAUAUAUAUUUGCGCACACUUCAUGCACACUUGCAUACAACACCAGCAGACACUGAAACACACACCUCACACAGAUGAGUGGCUAGUGGCAAAGAAAAUAAUUUCCAUAGUUGUUGGUUUUUUGUUUUUUUUUUUUUCUUUUCCCAAAAGUUUGAGAAUUGCCAAUUUGGCUUUUUUUUUUUUUUUUUUUUUUUUGUUUUGCUUUCAGUGCGCGUAGUAUAUUUUCUUUAUGAAAAACGCUGCCCUUGGUUGUGUUUUAAAUUGAGACUGUUUUCUGUUUUAAUUGAGAAAAUGAAAAGAUAAUUUUCCUUGAAUUCAAAAGCGUUUCGGUGCACACACACAGAGGUCUCAUGGAAACUUUUUUUUGUUGUUUCUAGCCACAUGACUUAUGAUGGUUUAUAUUAACCCUGUAAACCCUGACCUCAGAUCAGCUCCGCCUCUUGACGGAAGCUGAUCUCGAGUCAGCGUUUAGGCGUUGUGGAUGAGCAGAACUGUGGUCCGUGUGAUGUUUGACUGACAGGCACUGUGUGAGAAAGAGGUUGAUUGACUCUAUGACUAUGUCCCUAUCAGAGUCCGGGAGCCCCUGUUCUGUGGAUUACUAAACUAGACCUAACAUUAUAUCAGAACUGUCAGCACAAUUCUGUUACUUCUGUUUUUGACCAAGAAUAUUUUUCUUUGAUUUGGUAGAUCAUCUUUUUUGGAUACACAUACUCUUCUUUUUCUGUUAUGUUACACACAACCGUUAAAGCAUUAAUUAACAGGCGAACAUACGUAUAUAAGAGAUGCUGUUUUAUUUCUGCCACAUGACUUGAUAAUGAUAUCCACAGAACACGUGUGCUCCUUGUAGACGUUAAGAGGUCAAAUCAUGAAUAAUUGAGCAUCAAGAACUUAACCUCUACAUGACAGAUGUGUAGAGCAGCAUUUAUAAACUGAAGUCUUCGAUUUCACGGCCAGUUCUGCGCUUGGCCAACAAAUAAUGCCAGAAUUGCAAUGUUUAAAAAGAAAAAAAGAAAAAAAAAAUCAGUGCAUCAACCAGGAAAAAAAUAUUUAUAUUUCUGAAAAAUGAAAAUGCACUCCUAUUCACAAAAGUGCCAAUCCGACCAACAAAGACUGGAGGUUCUUAUGUAUCUGUCUUUGACUUAUAGAUUUGUUUUUUUUUUUUCUUUAUAUCUUUUAUUUACUUGAAUGUGCACACAUUUUGUGCAAAACAUUGCUGCUCUAUUUUCCUUAUCUUUAAAGUUACAUAAUUUGCCAUUGCUUCUUUGGAAAAGUGGCAUUCUUUACUGUGGGCACCUACAUAAGGAAUUGAAUUAAGGAAGUGUAAUUGUCUGGGGGGGAGGGGGACUUUAUUAACUGCAUAAAACUGGUCUUUCCAGCGACUUGUUAUCCAUUGGUGUGAUGGUCCCCACUCUUACAGUCUUCUAAACUAUAAUGGUUUUCACUGUGCAUAGCUAAGCUGCAAAUGUUUUGGAAUCAAGGAAUUGAUUCCACGCUGUGGAAACAGAGUAUAAUAUUAGCAUUUUCUUGAGGUGUCGGCCUGCAGCCAGUCCCUCUCUGUGCAAAAAGAAACUGCGCUGAUAGAGAUGUUGUAGUAAACGUGGCACAUGAUGCAAAUUGUGGAAACUGAAGCGACUAUCAUAGCAGACAAUUUCACGUACUAACCUUACUGUCAAAGUUAGUUUACCAAAGUUUUGUCAUCUUGAAGGCAGAUUGAAAUGAUUGAGUUCAUGUUUUGUUUUCAAUAGUUUGAUGUAAUUGGCUUGUGUUGACCUAGUCCGUAUGACUGAGAGCUUGCUUCAGUCCAUUUAAACUUGCUUCUUUUCAUUAGAAGCUACAAUAGCUCAGUCCCUCUCUUCUCAGUUUUUCUUUUCUCUCAAGUUCAAGUACUGUUUGGGGACUUAGAAAACCUGCAGAACAAUCCA